CCUCCGGCUGGGCCGGCCGACGACUCAGCUCCGCCGCGGGAGCCAGGCCUCCUCCGGCCGGCGACCACGCCCUCCUCCCUCGGUGGUGGCGGGGGUGAGACCCUUCCCUUUAGCCGCCGCCGCCGCCGCCGCGCCCUCCCUCCCUCCCUCCCAGGCUCAAGAGCGGGGCGUUGUUAAUGGAGGAAGAGAGCAUGGAGCCACCGCUGUACAUCCACAUCGAGACCAACGAUUUCUUGCACAGGAGGCACAAGAGGCAGAAAGAGGAGGACAUCGCUGUUUGUGAGUGCCAGUAUAACCUGCUGGAUCCGGACAGCGCGUGUGGAGAUGGGUGCUUGAAUGUCUUGACCAGCACAGAGUGCACGCCUGGAUAUUGCCGCUGUGGUGUGUAUUGCAAAAACCAGCGGUUUCAAAAAUGUCAAUAUGCUAGGACAAGGCUGGUAAAAACUGAAGGGCGUGGAUGGGGCCUUUUGGCUGAUGACAAUAUCAUGGCUGGACAAUUUGUUAUUGAAUAUUGUGGAGAAGUAAUAUCAUGGAAGGAAGCCAAGCGGAGAUCUCAAGCAUAUGAAACUCAGGGUUUAACGGAUGCCUAUAUUAUCUACCUCAAUGCUGAUGAAUCUAUUGAUGCAACAAAGAAGGGGAGUUUGGCAAGAUUCAUCAACCAUUCGUGCCAACCAAACUGUGAGACAAGGAAAUGGAAUGUUCUUGGGGAAGUAAGAGUUGGCAUUUUUGCGAAACAAGACAUUCCAAUUGGAACAGAACUAUCCUAUGACUACAACUUUGAGUGGUUUGGUGGUGCAAUGGUGCGGUGCCUUUGUGGAGCUAGCAGCUGUUCUGGAUUUCUUGGGGCUAAAUCACGUGGCUUCCAGGAGGCUACAUACCUGUGGGAAGAUGAUGAUGACAGGUUUUCUGUUGAGAAUGUUCCCCUUUAUGAUUCUGCUGAUGAUGAACCUACCAGCAUUCCAAAAGACAUCCUCUUAAUAAAAGGUGAGCCAAAUACACAGGGCAGCAAUAGCAACACAGUUCUGAGUACCGAGAAUCUCACGGUUGCAAGUUCAAAUGAAUUCACACCAAUGAUUGUUGAACCAUCGAUUGCGAGUUCAAAUGAAUUCACACCAAUGAUUGUCGAACCAUUGGCUGCAAGCUCAAAUGAAUUCACACCCAUGACUAUUGAACCACUCAAUGCUAUUCCAAUGGGAGUUGAUUUUACUCAGAAUGGGUCAACUGAAUAUGGUGCACAAUAUUCUGAAGAUGCUCCGCAAAACUCAACGCAUGAGAUUGCAAACCUUCAGAAUCAAAGUGCUCCUCAGGACAACCACCAUACAAAGUUGGUUGUGGUGAAACGUAGACCCGCACUUCGUGGUGGAAAAGCUAAACGUGGUAUGCCCAAGCAACUGAAUGUUGCAGAUAUCUGUGAUCGGUUAGCAUCAGAUGUGGCACGGGAAGAAAUAUUGUUUUGCGAGGAAAUGAAGAAGCAGGCUGCUGCUGAAAUCGAUGGUCUGUAUGAUGAGAUAAGGCCAGCAAUCGAAGAGCAUGAGAGGGACAGCCAAGACAGCGUGGCCACAAGCCUCGCUGAGAAGUGGAUCGAGGCUAGCUGCUGCAAGUACAAAGCUGAUUUUGAUCUUUAUGCUUCCAUAAUCAAGAACCUUGCUUCCACACCUCUCAGAUCAAAAGAAGACGUGCCCCCUAAAGAGCAAAAUGGAGUGAUGUACCUGGAAAACGGUCCAUAACGAGUUAAAAAGUUCAACUUUGUAAAAUCUGACAAGUGGCUAGAGAAGUAGAUAUUACUAGUUCUCUGACAUAGGUGAAAAUUUUCCUUGAUACAGUUUGGUUAAAAAAAUAUUGCGAGGUCGUAUUUUUCUUAUUGCAAAUACCAUUUGAUGCGAGGAUGUUACUUA